CCGACUAGCAACAGUUAGCACACAAACCGCGAACCAGUCGAGCGACUUCGACGUAAUCCGUACAAACAUAAUCGCUACGUGAACAUAAUACGCGUUUUUAAACAAUUUAUCAGUGAUCUUCUCACGUUUGUGUUGCGAUGUCCGAAUAGGUGACAUCUAUAUCGAAGUGAGCUAUGACUCGAAUUGGGGGAUCCUUCGUGCUUCUUCUCGCCUUGGUGUCAUGUUCCUGUGAUCCUGAAGUUUACUACGAGAAGCAACGUUACGAUGGUUGGUUCAAUAACCGAGCCUAUCCUGAAUGGGGAUCUGCAGGUAGUCGACUCACAAGGAAGACCCCUGCAUCCUACACGGAUGGUGUGUACAUGAUGGCUGGUGCAGACAGACCUGGUGCGAGAGCUCUCUCCAAGCUCUUCAUGAAAGGACAGGAUGGUCUACCUUCGCUAGCCAAUAGAACUGCGCUUUUGGCAUUCUUCGGUCAAGUUGUGACUGGCGAGAUAGUCAUGGCAUCGGAAUCUGGGUGUCCGAUAGAGCAGCAUCGUAUUCCUGUAGAUAAAUGCGAUCACAUGUACGAUCCGGAUUGCGACGGUGUCAAGUACAUGCCAUUCCAUCGAGCUGCGUAUGAUAGAGCGACUGGACAGAGUCCUAACAGUCCCAGAGAACAGAUCAACCAGAUAACGUCGUGGGUCGAUGGCAGCUUCGUUUACAGCACUAGCGAGGCGUGGGUGAAUGCAAUGAGGUCAUUUCAGAACGGUACUCUAUUGAGUGAAGGAGGGUUGCCACCGCGGAAUAAAAAACGCGUGCCACUCUUCAAUAACCCGGUCCCGCAUUACAUGAGAAUGCUAAGCCCUGAACGAUUAUUUCUUCUAGGUGAUCCAAGAACUAAUCAAAAUCCAGCAAUGGUCACGUUCGGGAUACUUCUGAUGCGGUGGCACAAUGUGGUGGCGGCUAGAAUACACAAACAGCAUCCUGACUGGACCGAUGAACAACUGUUUCAGAGAGCCAGAAGAAUUGUCAUAGCUAGCUUACAGAAUAUAAUCUUAUACGAAUACGUACCAUCAUUCUUGGGCACACCAGUUCCACCCUACCAAGGCUAUCGAGCAGAAAUGGCACCAGGAAUCACACACGCUUUUGCCGUUGCAGCCUUUAGAUUCGGACAUACCCUCGUACCUCCAGCGAUUCUACUGAGGGACAGAAAUUGCAGAUAUGGCAGAGCACCGGGAGGUCAUGAUGCAAUAAGGCUGUGUCAGACAUGGUGGGAUGGAAACGAUGUUAUGUCUCAAGUUCCAAUAGAAGAAGUUCUAAUGGGUAUGGUGUCACAACUAUCAGAGCGCGAAGACGCAUUAUUGUGUUCAGAUGUCAGAGACAAUCUAUUUGGUCCGAUGGAAUUUUCUAGAAGAGAUCUGGGAGCUCUCAAUAUAAUGAGAGGUAGAGAUAAUGGACUGCCUGAUUAUAAUACAGCGAGAACAUAUUUCGGCUUGCCCAAAGUAAAAACAUUCAAUGAAAUCAAUCCACGACUGUUUGAAGAAAACCCAGACUUACUGCAAAAGUUGGUUCAAGUGUAUGAAGGAAAACUUGAUAAUAUUGACGUUUACAUUGGUGGGAUGCUGGAGUCGACAGGACACCCGGGAGAAUUAUUCCGAGCAAUCAUUAUCGAUCAGUUCACGAGGAUCCGGGAUGGUGAUCGGUUUUGGUUUGAAAAUGAGGCUAACGGUAUAUUUACGCGGGAAGAGAUAGCAGAGUUACGACGUAUAACACUGUGGGAUGUGAUCGUGAACAGUACUGCUAUCGGUCCAGGUGACAUUCAGCGUGACGUCUUGCACUGGCGCGAGGGCGACCCAUGUCCGCAGCCUUACCAGCUCAACGCCACAAAGCUGCCCCCUUGUAAAUACUUGAAGGGAUAUGAUUAUUUUGAGGGUAAUGAAUUCGCGUACAUCUACACCUGCCUGAUACUCGUGUUUGUGCCGAUACUGUGCGCGGGCGCAGGCUACGGGGUUGUCAAACUACAGAAUAGCAGACGCCGCAAACUAAAAUUGCAGCAAGAAAAUCUGAAGAAUGCUCAGUGCAAAGGGUCCGUUGAUAAGAUGGUGUGCCGAGAAUGGGUGCACGCGUCACACAAGCGAUUGGUGAAGCUGCGGUUGGGACCGGAACCCGCGCUCCACGUGACCGACCGAAAGGGAGACAAGCUACGGACUGUCCCACUGGAGCAUACCGACCAGUUCACCGUUAUUGAGAGUCAGGAGACACGUAGCAAUAAAAGACCUUUAGUCCUCAUCCGUGUUCCUCGAGAGCACGACCUUGUAUUGGAAAUGGACUCCGUGGCUUCACGGCGAAAAUUCCUGCUGAAACUCGACACCUUCCUAGCACAGCAUAAGAAAGCUUUAAACCUGACGCAAGCUCAACGAGAGAAUAUCUUGACGUCUGCUGAGACCCGCGAAAGGCGAGCGAGGAAACUGGAACAUUUCUUCAGAGAAGCGUACGCUAUUACGUUUGGUCUAGCGCCUGGGGAGAAACGGAGAAAAUCAGAAAAUGCUGAUCCCGAAUCCAUAGUUAUGAGGACUUCAUUAUCGAAGAGUGAAUUCGCAAGUGCUUUGGGAAUGAAGUCAGAUGCUGUUUUUGUCAAGAAGAUGUUCAAUAUUGUUGACAAAGAUGGAGAUGGAAGGAUAUCUUUUCAGGAGUUCCUCGAUACUGUAGUAUUGUUUUCUCGCGGUGCGACAGACGACAAACUGCGUAUUAUAUUCGAUAUGUGCGACAAUGACAGGAACGGUGUGAUCGACAAGGAAGAGCUGAGUGAGAUGUUGAGGUCGCUGGUGGAGAUUGCCAGAACAACGUCUCUGAGAGACGAACACGUCACAGAGCUCAUUGAUGGAAUGUUCUCGGAUGCUGGACUUCAACUUAAAGACCACCUGACGUAUUCAGAUUUCAAGCUGAUGAUGAAGGAGUACAAAGGUGAAUUUGUAGCCAUCGGACUUGAUUGUAAGGGAGCGAAGCAGAACUUCCUUGAUACUUCUACUAACGUUGCAAGAAUGACAAGCUUCCAUAUUGAACCGUCUAUGGAACAAACCAGGCACUGGUUCAUCUUGAAGUGGGAUUACUUGACGACUUUCUUGGAAGAAAAUAGACAGAACAUAUUCUAUUUAUUUAUAUUCUACGUGGUUACGAUCGGACUGUUCGUGGAAAGGUUCGCGCAUUAUUCGUUUAUGUCCGAACACCUGGACCUAAGACACAUUAUGGGAGUUGGUAUUGCUAUAACAAGAGGCUCUGCAGCAUCAUUGUCUUUCUGUUAUUCUUUGCUCUUGCUCACGAUGUCGAGGAAUCUUUUGACUAAAUUAAAGGAGUUCAGUAUCCAGCAGUACAUACCCUUAGAUUCCAGCAUCCAGUUCCACAAGAUAGUCGCUUGUACUGCCUUGUUCUUCUCACUACUGCACACUGCUGGUCAUAUGGUCAAUUUUUAUCACGUCUCCACUCAGCCGAUAGAAAACUUGAAAUGUUUGACUAAAGAAGUACAUUUUACUUCUGACUUUCGACCUGGUAUUACUUACUGGGUAUUCCAGACUGUAACGGGUGUGACUGGCGUUCUUCUAUUUAUAAUAAUGUGCGUGAUAUUCAUAUUCGCACACCCCGUGAUACGUAAACGUGCAUACCCAUGGUUCUGGCGUGCACAUUCCUUAUACGUGGCUUUGUAUGCAUUGUGUUUGGUGCAUGGAUUGGCCCGACUCACUGGAGCGCCGCGAUUUUGGAUUUUCUUUCUGGGACCGGCCAUUGUUUACACCUUGGACAAGGUGGUUUCACUACGCACUGAAUAUCUGGCGCUAGACGUCUUGGAAACUGAAAUGUUGCCAUCUGACGUCAUCAAAAUAAAGUUCUACAGACCACCAAAUCUCAAAUAUUUAUCAGGCCAAUGGGUAAGGCUUUCCUGUACAGCGUUCAAAAAAGAAGAAUACCACUCGUUCACACUGACAUCUGCUCCGCAUGAGAACUUCCUGUCAUGUCAUAUUAAGGCUCAGGGUCCCUGGACAUGGAAACUGAGGAAUUACUUCGACCCUUGCAAUUACAACCCCGACAACCGACCCAAAAUAAGGAUUCAGGGUCCCUUUGGUGGCGGAAAUCAGGACUGGUAUAAGUUUGAAGUGGCUGUUAUGGUGGGUGGUGGUAUUGGAGUGACUCCGUACGCUUCGAUCCUCAACGACCUCGUGUUCGGAACCUCCACCAAUAGAUAUUCAGGAGUCGCUUGUAAGAAGGUGUAUUUCCUCUGGAUAUGUCCAUCUCACAAACACUUUGAGUGGUUCAUCGACGUGCUGCGUGAUGUAGAAAGGAAGGAUGUGACCAAUGUGCUGGAGAUUCACAUAUUCAUCACGCAAUUCUUUCACAAAUUCGAUCUACGGACUACCAUGUUGUAUAUUUGUGAGAACCACUUCCAGCGGCUGUCUCGUACGUCGAUGUUUACGGGACUGAAAGCGGUCAAUCACUUCGGGAGACCAGAUAUGUCUUCCUUCCUUAAAUUUGUACAGAAGAAACACAGUUAUGUAUCGAAAAUUGGAGUGUUUUCAUGUGGACCCCGGCCACUCACCAAGUCGAUAAUGUCGGCGUGUGAACAAGUCAACAGAACGAGACGGUUGCCUUACUUUAUACAUCAUUUCGAAAAUUUUGGCUAGUUAUUAUACACUUAUAAAAUAUAUCUAAAUUAUCACCAAUUACCUACAAAACUAAACAUAGUUAUAUUUUAACUUUGUUUUAUACGUGUUCAUACAUUUAAAUAAAUAAUUUAGAAUGAUUUUUUCUUAAUUUAUUAUUAUAUUACGUUUUAUUCAUUUUCUUUAUAACAUUAUUAUUAGUUUGAAUAUUAUAAAUAUUGUCUAUAUUUAAUUUUAUUUUAUUAUUUUUAUACUUUAUCGUUCUUGUAGCACUGCCAAUUAAUUUCAUUUUUAUUAACAAUUUGCUAUUUUUUUAAAGUGAUAACUCUCACUUCUAAUUGGAUUGACUGACUGGAUGGAUUAAUUACACAAAUUCAAUUUAAAAAUUCAAUUCAAACAAUUGUUUAUAUUUGAAAGAGUCAAUUUUAACAUCUCAAUUCAAUUUCCUAAUAUGCAAAUAUUGGGGUUGAGCAGGUUAUCAACUGUAAAGUAGAUCAUGUAGAUGAAACCACAACCUGAAAGAAGGAAAACAAAGAAACAGAACAAAGACUCAUGAUUCAUGAACUUCACGUUACUCGAACGUUUGGCUUAGUGGAAGAGCGCUCGCACAGAACGCGAGAAGCGGGUUCGAGUCGCGCAUCGUUCAUAAAUUUUCUUUUUAAAUUUAAUUUGUGAUCAUUUUAAUUGACUAUGGAUUCUUAAUAUAGAUCUUUACAUAUAUUUUUUUCAAUUGUUACUUACACCAUAAAUGUCAAAUAAUUUAAAUGUGGUACCAUCAUAAUAAUAUGAAGGUAAAAUUUAUAGAGAUAAAAUUUUAUUGAAAAGUAUAUGAUUCAAUAAAUUCAUUCAUUUAACCGUUUUAUUAUAUUAUUUAUAGCUACUUCGAAAACUUUAGUUUAAGUAAUGAUCUUAAAUAGUUAUUUAUUAUUAAUUAUAACAAACGCGAUUGCGUUGUUUUAUAUGUUUAGUACAAACUUAAUCUUGCAUUUUAUUUUUAAUGUACAAAAAGAACAGGCUUAACACUCGAUUAGACGCAGAUUUAUUUUUAUAGCCGCUUUGUAAAUAAUGUAGAUAAUGAAUUUUGAAUAUUUUAUUAUUUAAAGAGAAUGUCAAUAGGUAUACAAUAAAUUUGUUUUCCUAUUA